GUGUUGUCUUCUUUCCACCCCUCCCUUCGUCAGCAGGUUGGGUUGAGCGGUCCACUAGGGGACCGUGGACAGCUCCCGUCUGAGGAGCAGAGCAACACAGGAGGAGGAGAGGGCUGGACAUGGGGGAGCCACCGAACAGGCCCGUAUGAUCGAGAACAACAAAAUUCGGAUGUGCACUCACCGGGGAAGAAACACAAAGAGAGCAGAGUGGAGAGGCCACCGGAGGACGGGGAAACAAGCGCGGAAGUGAAGGGAAAAGGGGGAUACGGCUACUGACCCAUCCCGGCGCGUCAGGGGGGAGAAGAGGCGAGGCGAGGCGAGGAGAGAGGAAGGAGGAGAAGAAGGAGAAAUAUUUCCGCUCGACCUGAUGGACUGACGACAGAUGAAUGAAGACUGCCUACACUAACGCCUAUCGAUGCCUGGCCAAGGACCUGGACGCUUACGCCAUGAAUACGGACAUGACAAUGGACGGCAUCGGCAGCCUGCACGGCGGGGUGGCGGUGAGCUCUGUGGCCCCUGACGUGGAGCUGAUGAGCGGCCACAGCCCUCACCACGGCCGCGGGAGCUCUUCGGGGGCGGUGGGGGGCCACGGGGCGGCGGCAGCGGCUGCCCUGCGGAUACACCAGGACCUGGCUGCCGCUGCCGCGUCAUCGCGCUCGGCCAUGGUGUCCGGCAUGGCCAGCAUCCUGGACGGUAGUGGGGAGUACCGUCCGGAUCUGUCCCUGCCGCUGCACCACGCCAUGAGCGUCCCCUGCGACACGUCCUCUCCCGGCAUGGGGAUGAGCGGCACUUACACCACCCUAACCCCGCUGCAGCCGCUCCCCCCCAUUUCCACCGUGUCCGACAAGUUCCAUCACCACCACCACCACCAUCACCAGCGGCUUUCCGGCAAUGUCAGCGGGAGCUUCACUCUGAUGCGGGACGAGCGUGGGCUGCCGGGCAUGAACAACAUUUACAACCCCUACCACAAGGAUCCCAUGUCCGGGAUGGGUCAGAGCCUAUCCCCGGUGCUCGGCAAUGGCCUGGGCUCCCUCCACAACACCCAGCAGGGUCUCCACAACUACGGCGCCACCACGCACGGAGGUCACGACAAGAUGCUCAACUUCGACCCCACCAUGCUCACCAGAGGGGACCACCACCAGCACCGAGGCCUCGGUGGCCCGGCGGGCGGGAUGAUGCCUCACCUGAACGGCAUGCACCACCCAGGACAUCCCGUGUCGUCAACGGGACAGCCCCCCCACCCCCACCUCCAUUCUCCAUCUCACGGGCCCGUGUUAGCUUCCACCAGGGAAAGGCCGCCCUCCUCCUCUGGGACGCCGGGGGGGAACAGUUCGGGGCAGCUCGAGGAAAUCAACACCAAGGAAGUGGCACAGAGGAUCACAGCCGAGCUGAAACGGUACAGCAUUCCUCAGGCCAUCUUCGCCCAGAGGGUCCUGUGCCGUUCCCAGGGGACGCUCUCGGACCUGCUGAGGAACCCCAAACCCUGGAGUAAACUAAAGUCGGGCCGGGAGACCUUUAGGCGCAUGUGGAAGUGGCUGCAGGAGCCCGAGUUUCAGAGGAUGUCGGCUCUCAGACUGGCAGCGUGCAAGCGGAAGGAGCAAGACACAGCAAAGGAGCGCAACAACACACCAAAGAAAUCCCGGCUGGUCUUCACCGACCUGCAGAGGCGAACGCUGCUGGCCAUCUUCAAAGAAAACAAGCGACCUUCCAAAGAGAUGCAGCUCACCAUCUCGCAGCAACUGGGCCUCGAACUCACCACCGUCAGCAAUUUCUUCAUGAACGCCCGCCGUCGGAGUCUGGACAAAUGGACAGAUGACGGAGCUAGUCCCGGCGCCCAAUCUUCAGCGUCCAGCACUUGUACCAAAGCGUGACAAUAGGUGGCUGGGUAGAUGACGGGGUUGGGGUGGGGUGGGGUGGGGUGGGUUGAGGUAGCGGGAUUGCAAGGUUGAGGGCACGGGUCGAGGUUUGGCCCGAUCCAAGCAAGGAGCGGAAACCAAAAGUUUUACUUUUUCUUUUGUUUGUCUGUUUGUGUUUGUCAAAGGUGACAAACUGAGAGAGGGGCUGCUCACUGUGACGACUUGUAGCCAAACCGCCUUUUCCAAAAUCCAUAACAAAUCCAUUCAGAAGCUGAAGGGUAGAAGCUUUGCCAGAGAACAAAAUGAUCAAAAACAUAAACCAUAAAAAAAAGGGAAAAAGCUUCAUGCUGGUGUCUCAUUUAGAUCAAGAAACUGACACACUAGCCCAAAUACCAAAGACGAGAGGACAAUAUAUUGUUUUCUAUUAUGCAAUAUAAGCUAGGAACCAACCAAUGGACUAACCAAUGAAAGCUUUAUGACUACAGAAUGUGCAAAGAAUAAAUGGACAUUUCAUCAGAUGUCCAAAACCUAGGUUACUUAUUAUACCAAACCAAAGAGCAUGGAAUUGUUUCUCUCCAAUGAAAACAUCAGACUUGCUUAUGAUUUUUUUUUUUGACAAAGUAACAGUUCACAUUUAGGUUCAGUUACAGUAACAGAAAGUAAUUUCCCUUCCAGAAGAGCGUUCAACAUAGGCUACAAUUAUUACUUCACAAGCAUCACUUUAAGCUUCAAUCUUACCAAAGAUAAAAUUACACAAUUGAACAAUUCUUCACGUUAGGAAAUGGCUUACAACGGAAGCACAAAGACACUAUCGACCUUUCUCACCGUCUGAGCCAUGUAGAACUGCAAGUUUUCCUCAAAUUCAGUAUAGUGAAUAUGUACGUCUGUGAGCACAAUGUUGAAGCACAUUUUUUUUGUUUUGCAAUAGAACUGGGGCUCUCUCUGCCAAGCUGAGUGGUUUUUCGCAUCUUAGAAAACUCAGGAUGCCAUUUUUCUAAACAGUGGCUGAAAUCCACUCUGCGUUUGAGUCAUCACACGCUGUAAUGUAUAAAUGUACAUUCAUAAAUUCACACAACUUUUAGUCAUUUCCAAAAUGCGUUGCCUAAAUUUACAAUCUGACAGAAACAUGGUCAAGCUUAAUCGGUUGAGCUAAAAAUCGCUUUGUGAAAGUGGAUCGUACAGUUUUUACAAUUUAAAGCCUGUCAUUUUACUCCAAUUAUGUAUUUAGAUAUUUAUUGUAGAACAGUUUUUAUAAUAUGUUUGUUGGAAACCGUAUUACACGUUUGGUGGUCCUCAAAUCAUUUUCUGCCAGCCCAGUAAAAAUGUAUCUUUGACGUCAAUAGCCGUCACUGGCAGUGAAUGACUUAAUGAUCAGUGAUAUCAAACAUUUCAACACUAGUUCUUCCUUUUUGGUUUAAAUCUUACUAGACCUUUUAGGACUGCCAUUAAACCAUUGUAAAGACUAACAGUUGAGGAGGCCAUUUGAUCAUGCGGGGAACGGACUUCCCAGGCGAAUCAGGGCCUUUGUAAUAGUUAAAGAGGACAAUCUAAAGACGAUGUCUGGAAAGUCCGUCUCCUGCAGAGGAUCAUUGGCUUCGUAAGCAAGAGGACAUAUAGCGCUUCAGACAAAUCAGUUUGAUAAAAACUCCAUCGUCAGAUAUCAACUUUUGUUUGCAGCUUAGGCUUUAUUUGAUGUCCAUAAGAAAGUGACCCAGCACGUAUUGUUACCAAUACACUGUAUACGAUAACUCUGUAUAGCCUUUCCCAUAUGAUGUAAAUACUUAAGCCCCCACAAAACACCUCGACCGCCAUCACCUCCUACUGCAUCUGGCAGCCUUUAUGAUCCAUAAUCACCUCAUCAAUCAUCUCUUACGUGAGCUAUCAAACCAAAAAAUAGCAACCAAACCAAAGCAAAGGCAUCAGUCAGCAGCCCCUGCUCCUUUAGAAACCCCAGGCUGAGUCCGAGCCUGGUUAGAAGCAAGCCAAAGGCUUGCAAUUGAAAAAAAAAAAUGGACACUGAGACUUUUUCUAUUUAUUGACAAAUCGAAACCAAAGAAAACCCUUUUUCUGCACCUAGCUGUUCCAACAAACGGACUUAAGAUGGAAGAGUAUUACUACCAAAAACAAACAAAAAAUAUUUCAGAAAAAAAAUUAAAAAAAGAGUGGAUUCAGCGAUGUCAAGGAUAGAGGACGACGCUGUGAGGAGGAGGGGAGGGAAAUGGAUGACAUCACAGGAGAGGAGAAAUAGCUUUGUUCUGGCUGAUGUCGAGUCAGGCCGGCCAAGUAUGGGACUGAAAAAGGGAAAACCACACAGGAAGGAGGGAAGAAGAACGCGAAGGAUGGCGUCAUCAACGUUCUUCUCUCCGACCUGCAAAUGUCCGAACAUUAAUGUGUCUCUCACGGUUGAAGAGUGUCUUUAACGUGUGCCUAUGCAGUUUUUCAAAGUAAAAAUGGUUAAACGAACAACAGAAACCUCAGCUAACAAACCAAAGAUUCACUGUUAAAGCCAGAAGCAGUUCUCCUCCUCUUGUAAAAGCCCAACUUUGGCUAAGCAACGUGUGUGCACCACUCACUUGAUGUACUUUGAGUUCUCUCCCAAGCAAUGUAGUACUUUUCAACAAGGUUUACAUUGUUGCCGUUCGUUUACAUUAUUUCCAGUCAAGUUUGCUUAUCCCUGGUAACUAGCUUGCCAGCAAGUACUUAUUCAUUUCAAUUCCUAUCCAAACAUGCAUGCAAUUUUAAAUAGCAGUAGCUUCAGCAAGCUAAUUUAGCUAAAGAUAAAGUAUACGAUAAGAAAGAAUCGUCUCAUUUAGCCUUAGCCGUUAGCUUCUGCGCGAGGCAAGUCUACCUCUAAGUUUCCUGAGGCUUUCAGUGCUGGGAACCUUUAUUGAUUCCGGCCAUUCAAUCAAUUACCAUUUUAAAGUGAAAAAAAACCCAAAAAAACAAUAGCUAGCACCAGUUGUGAGCUAACUACAAUGCUUCCAUCAUCUAUGUUUUGCUUCCCCCCAGUCCAACAUGAAACUCGUGUUUCUGCUGACUGAAUUGUUGAGCUUCCUAAAGCAAGAAGAGUGACAAAAAUGCUUUGUGAGAUGUACAAUUCAUACCAAAGACUUUUUGCUGCACUAUAGCACACUGGCAUACUCGGAUGUAUCUAAUUUAACUGGAUUCCACCAAAGAAAUUGCCCAAAAGUCAGAUUUCUUUGUUGAUUAGCUUGCACAAAAGCCCACCUCACUGUUUUGGAGAGGGAACCAUGUAGCUUGGAAGAGCCACAUUAGCGUGCUCUUUAAGAGGAGGGGAAUUCUGCUGCUGCUCCAUAAUGUACAACAACAAUAAACAAAAGCAACCCAAAUGACAUAAAACACACUGAGAGAAACUGCUCAAAUAUCGGUCAAAUAGCUUUAUCCUUCAUUUUCUCUCUUUCUGUAUGUAAAGCUUCUAGUCCAAAGAGAUGCCCCCACCCACUGAGCCCUCCAAUCGUGUUGACAAUACCCAACGGAGGGGUGUUGUUUAUGGAGCCAGGGGGUGACGGCCAUUUUCCAUUCUCACUUGCAAUUCUGUCUGAAUGUAAUGCAGGCAAAACGAAACCAAAAACAAAGAAAGAAAAAAAGGAUAUGAAACCAAAAAUGUUCCAAAGAGGAUUUCACUGCUUGUUUGCUCGAAGUACUUAAAAUAUGAUUGCCCAUAAUUAUGUCUAGUAUUACAUUCCUACUUGGGAUUUUUGCUAAAUAUGUGUGUUUGUGUUUUUUUUUUUUUUUGUUAAUUUAAUGUAAUUUAUGUUUCUAAUUUAAGCGAACAAAUUGUGUUGCCAAAUCUCCCACUGCACCCUUUACCCUUUUGCUGAAGAUUAGCUUUGCCAAAGUUUACAUUGUACGUUCCUUUUUCUUUCUUUUGGAUGCUGUAUUUAUUUAUAACGUGUUUAGAACACUCUAGGUUUGUACUUGAUGAUAAUUUAAUGAUAUUUAAUUAGAUGUAAUUGUUUUCAAUGAAUAUUUAUGUAUUUAAGAAUGUUAGUUGCAUCAAAGAUGCAGUGCUUACGCCAGGCCUCUUAAUUUAUUCUUUGUUAGCUUUUUGAAGACAAAAAUGAACAAAAAAAAAAAAGGCAAUGUUCUUUUAUGAAUGCUUAGACUUAAUGACAGAACAAUGUAGGAAUGUUAAACUAGACUUACAUCUGAAUGUCCACUCAUGCUCUCAGUAUUUUUUUUCCUUUUGUCGUGGGGAUGAUGUUUCAAUUUUGAACAUAAAAACAAGGCUCAGAAUAGGCCAACAAAUGAUGAGCACUGCAUCUCUCUUUAUUCUUGCUAAUUUAUUGUUUAAAUUGUUCUUUUCAUUUGUUUGCAUUCUGCUUACCAUUGUCGAAUAAGCAAUGACUGUCAGGCUGAUCUUCUAGAUAAUUAAAAAAGAAAGACAAAAAAAGAUCAGGUGAAGAGCGGGCCAACAUUGAUGUAAAUGGAACUACCAAAGAUAACUGGAAUCCUUGAGAGAGACAAAUAAACUGUGUGUGUUUACAUCCAUGCAGCUCAUACCCUGGUUAAGGAUUUAUUUUCUUUGUUAUAGUCUUGAAUAGAUAGUUUUAUUAAUUGCUCUCCCCUAUUUUUUGCAACAAAAUAAAGUGUUUCGAUAACUAUAUUACAAAGAAGUCAUUCUGAGAAGAAAAUAUUUUACAUUUUCAAACUUCAGUCAUACUUUUAAUUGUAAAUAUUGUUGUGUUUAAAUUGUUUCCCCCAUGCCCAAAAGUCACGUUAACUUCAUUGACAACUCAACAAGUGUGGAAUAUAUGGUUGGUCGUCAUGGAUACCAAGGAAAAUAUAUCUUUGCUUGUCUUAACCUUUUAUAAACCCUGACCAAUACUUAAAAUUUGCUACAUUCAAAAGCAUUCGAAAGCUUAGUGAAAUAUCAGCAUGAGGUUCAUAUGAAUAUUGCGCCAUUUCUCAUAACAUUUUGCUUUGCUUUUCUUCUCAGUGUGGCUCUAAUACUCAUUUAUAGUAUUUUGUAUCUAACUGAUUCGAUAGACUUAAACAAAAACAAAUUAAACAUUUAAAACAUCAAAUUAUUUUUUUAUGGUUUUUUUUUGCAGCUAAAAGAACUGUUGACAUUAACAUAUGAUAAAAGAGGUGAAAUGUAAAUGUGAUUAAAAUUCUCCAGGAAUUUAACAUUGGAAACCAGGUGUAAUAUUAUUCCCGUCUCAUCUGAGAUUCUGUGCAAAAUCUUUAUCAUAAGAGGUUAUUGUUAAAGGGGUGUGAUGCUAACACACACUAUUUCCAUACUGAAAAACCUGCUGCAGCGAUCAAAUUUCAUAAGGACAUGAAUGUGUGUGUGUGUGUGUGUGUGUGUCCAAUGGUUAAUUUCCAAGCAUGUGUGUGAGAAAAGAAAGCAAAGUCUAUUUCAGCAGUGAGAACCCGAAAGGGUGUCUCACUGAAUUUCCAUUCAUCCGUUUGAUCAUCACAAUGAAACCAAAGAAACCAAAUGUAUUUUUCCUCUUUAGUUCCAUUUACGUACAGCUCCGCGCUUGCUUUUGUAUUGCAGAUUAUUUAUUGAUUUAUUUACUUUCUAAAUCCCUUUUUGGCCUUUGUAAGGGUCAAAUGAGAUCAGAUCCAAAGAAAUUAUGUGAAUGUGGUAGCCAUUUAUGAACGUUUUAAAUUGUUUAGUAUGAUGGAUUCCUGACACAACAUACAAGGACAGGUGCAUUUUCUCUUCUGUUUCAAAAUGUAGAGAAGGGACACACAUAUAAAUGACAUUGAAAAAAAUAAAUACUGUGGAUUUAGAUCUAAAUUGGAAUAAUACGAGAAUCCUUUUUCUUGUCACUCGAAUCAAUUUCAAGUUAAGUAAAGGUCUUGUUCAAGCAUGAUUUUACUGUUUUUGCAGUCUAUUGUUGACUUGGACUGUCUUCAGUUGUGUACUGCAUAGCAACUACAUUGAUGUGAUUUGUUAAGCCAACAAAUGUGAAAGUCAGACUUUUGUGUAACCUAUCACCAUGACUCCUGUUAUUUAAAAAAAGGAAAACAUACAUGAUCAUAUUUGCUAUACGGGCAUAAGUACUGAAGCACCUCUCAUAAUCAAAGAAUUGAGGAAUUGGGGGUGGGCUGCUCUUUUAAAUGCCACCCGAAUCCUAAAUCUAGUUGUUUUUUUAAGUCAAGGCAUUUUCUCAUACAGAUAAAAAAAAAAGAUGCACAUUAGGAGUGAAAACAUACAGGAGAAGAAUAUACUUAAAAGCCCAGCUCGGUCGAGACAAUUAAGUGAUACAAAAUCUGAUCAAAUAACCCUAUAAAAGCAGUACGUGUUAUGUACAUCCAGUUAUUAUUGCUGCUCUGAAUUAGCAAUUUUUUUUUUUUUUUUGCCCCCAAUGUAUUCAAUAAUUGAAUUCUAAAGUCUAUACUUCUAAAGUCUGAAGUCUAAACCUUGGCAUUGACUUUUAAAAAUAUUUUUAGGGAGUAAAACAACUUCAGUGCUGUCAAUUGUAGUUUCAUCUCUGUCCUUUACUUUUUUGCAAUAUAAUCAAAGCAUAGAAUUUCUGUGAUUUUUUUUUUCUUCAACUUGAAUCUGAGCUGCUUUUCCUCUUAUGCGAACAAGAUCUGAGCAUCCUCUCAUAAGUCAAGAUCUUAUUUUCUGUACAUGCCAAAACACGCUACUUGUUUGUUUUUCCCAGAUGGUUGCAAAGUUUUAAAUGUGGAGAAAACACCCAAACCUAUUUGAGUGUUUUGCGCACACUGUGCUCUCUUUUCCAAACGGUUGCAAAUAUACCUCAUAGAUGCUAAUGAUGAUGAUGAUUUUAAAAUAGUCGUAAUUUUGUUUCUAUUUUGUUUUCCUUUUGGUAAUUAUAAGGACAACUGAGGGGAGGCAAACUUGAUAUAUUUUUGGGGAAUUUGGUAUCGGCAUUUGUUUGGUUCAUUUCAAGGGGUGAUUGUCCCCUUGUGUGUAUACUGUUACAGUACGUUUGGAAUUGUACAUGUUUCUGCCCAGAAAUAAUACAGGCUUCUUUGAUGAGCUGUCUGAAUUCAAUAUUCAACCAUGUGGAAUUUAUUUUUAUACCUACUUUAAAGUCUUAUGUCAGUGUCUUUCUUUACCUGUGCAUCACAGUUUUAUCAUACAUAGCAGUGCUAUAGGCCAGAGUUUCUGCAUGAGUGUUUUUACAGUUAGCUAUCCAUGUUAUGCAUAGUGAACUCUAGUAUUGACCUCAUUCUCAUCAAAACCAUCAUCAUCAUCAUCAGUCAUAUAACCUUUGACAUUGUAAUACAAAACAUGCAUUUAUGUAGAUGUCCAAGUUAUUAUUAGUCAUCAUUAUCAUUAUUUACUUGCUAGUUCGGGCUUCAACUGGAUUCUAUAAAUCAUCAGUAGCAUUAGCAAAGGGUCGAAGGUCAUCUGCUUCUUAUUUAUUUUUGGUAUUCAAUCCAACUCUCUCACUCUAAAAUGUCAUCAAAACCAAAUCAUUACAUUCAGGGUUUUUUUUUUUUAAACAAUGCUUUCCAUAGUUCACCCAGUCAAUCUGAA